GUGUGUGCUAAGAGUUACUUCUUCUUAUUGGAAUUUAUAUUCUUUGGUGCUCAACAAUAAGCCGCUCAUUGUCAACGUCAAACGUCAAAUUUCAUUUAUCCAUCUUCUGUUGUCUGUGGUCUUCUUGAAGUGCUUGAAACGAAAUGUCAAAUUAAUUUAGUAAAUUACGUCGCACAUAGUUGUUCAGUGGUUUAUAAAUUAUUUAUUGUCUCGUAGUUAUCAAUUUCAUCUUGUAACUUACACAGACCAAUAAAUAAGAUGUCGGAGGGGUGGGCCAGUUUGCCUCUCCUCCCACUCCGGAGCAUCCUCGACCAUCUCAGCACGAAGGAUGCGCUUGCGACACUCUCCACCUGCCGUCAUUGGCGGAGUGCCAUCUUGUUAUAUGAAGGAAGAAAGGACACAUUGAAGCUGCGAGUGAAGCAGCUGGAUGAGAGCCUGUUUGUGACUCAAGUGUUCAGAAAACACACAACAAAGCUGCACGUCUACAUCGAUAGCCUUGGGGAGAGCCUGGACGAAUUCAUGAACUAUGUGCUACCUCAGUUUUUGGACUCACAAAAGUUGCAAGAGUUAGUGUUCAUCGGUCCAUCCUACUCAACGCAGUGCUCAAAUUCACCAGUUGCCAAAAUAAAUCGAAUAAUCGCCGAGAGUUUAAUAUUCAAGAAUAUGCACUGCUUACAAAAACUGACUCUACUAGGUUGUGAAAUGGGAACAGUAAAGAAUGAAAAUGGUAGAUACACUCACAAAAAUGUAGAAUACUAUUCGAGGCCACUAUCCUUCAACACGAUGCCGUCGCCCAAAGACACCGUCCUGUCACGGUGCAAUGCCAGCCUAAUGACCUUCUCUACUUUACGACAAAUAGUGCUAGACUACGACCGGCUGAGCACGGACACGUUAGAGACGCUCUCCGAGCUGAGCGAAGUGUCGCAGCUGACGCUCAACAUUGGGCUGCGGCGCCCGCUCGCCUUGCCUACCGUGGACUGGUCCCGUGCUCACAAGAAACUGAGAGUGGGCCUCAAUAUUAUAUCUGCAUCACGGAAAGUGUUCAAUGAAGUUUUGGAGAAAGUGUUCGUCACGGAACUGCCGCUGUAUUCACUGAAAGUCAUGUUUUGUAAAUCUUUGUACGCGGACGUGAUCUACCGCACGGUGCGGCUGUACCCGGCGACGCUGCGCGAGCUGGUGUGGGCCGACGCGCCCUCCGACUCGGCCGACAUGUUCAGCAGGAUCAUCAAGCAGUCGCGCGAAGCCGAGGAUAUGGUCAUGUGUAACGUGAACCCGCUCGUGUUGCUGUGCUGGCAGUGCUCGCACCUGCAGAGGCUUGUCAUACACGGUUACUGGGUGUGGCAGUACGACCUGAUGGGCUUCGUGCGCCUGCGCGACACGCUGCGCGAGCUGCAGGUCUCCGCCGUGUACUACAAGCAGUCGCGCUUCAGCUCCGCCGUGUGCAGCGACAACGUGGUGCGCGUGCUCGCCGCCGACGACCACAAGCCGCUCGACGAGGAGUACGUGAGGCAAGUGAACGAGUCCGCGAAUUUCACGUGGACGCCGGUGUCGUGGGAGGACAUGCACGCCGCGCUGCUCCCGCGCGCGCUCGCCACGGACCGCACCGACUACGUGCUGCUGGAGGCCAACCGACCGUUCUAAGUCAAUACCAGACUUUACAAGACAUGGAGUGUUCCACCACACAAAGUUACCUGCUACAAAUGACUAUCUCGUAAGAACUUUCAAUGUUGUUCCAAUGAAAAUAUAUUUAUACACGUUUACUAUCUCAAUUAAUAUCUCAAAAUGCUUUUAAACUUUAAGGAUUUGAAAUUUGCAUAUUUUAAUGUAUUUUGUUAAUUCUGAUAUAGAUAGAUCUAUCUCACGAAGACAGUAUGGUUAAUGAAGUUGUGUUGGUCUUUAACAUUAAAGACGCAUUUAGUUUGUGUUCAGGCUCGGAUCGGUUUUCGCAUGAAUAAGUGAUGUUAGUAUGCAAACACCACAGAAUAGAGAAUGAUACAGAAUGAGUCGUUAUAGCCAUACGGAAGCUGGUGAAAACCAUGAAACCCAUCCAAAUAAUGCAAAUUUUUGUUCUGUAUUUCAAGAUUUUAUUACAUAAAUUAUUAUCAUAAUGGACUUUAAAUCAAUAUUUACCUAUAAAAAUACUCCAUAUUAUUGAACAGUUUUUUAAAUAUAAACACAAGACGUCAUUUUUCUAGAAUCAUAUUGGAAGUUACUGAUGCGAUGCGAUGUCGUAAUGAAUGUAGAAUGUACGAGUAUUCGUUUUUUAUGGAUCGGAACGUACUUAGUACAAAAACGGAACCAGUGGCGGAUUUACAAAUUUGCCGCCUGUAGGCUAUUGAAUUUUUGCUCCUACUGAACUCUGAAAUUCUAUAGGUAUCCUAAUUAAAUUCGAUAGAUAUCCUAGUUCGCAAUCAAUACAAUUAGGCACCUUACAUUGUGUCAAUAAAUUUGGAUGUAAUAGGAUGUAUAGGAUUAAAAUUUUAAAAUUAUCGUUACAUUUGCUUUAUUUCUGUAGAGAACGUUUUUUGUGUCAAAUUUGCGGCCCCCUAAAAUCUGCCACCCUUGGCUCCAGCCUACUUAGCCUACUGGUAAAUCCACCCCUGAACGGAACCCUUAUAAUAUUUAAUUUAUAUUUGGAAUGGCUGCAUAACUGCCGUGUUACGCUCUAUCUGCCUAUUAUUCUUUAAUCUGUGGCAAAAACUAAUGUGAUAAGUUUCAAAGUGCAGUUACAAAGAUGAACUUAAGCUGUCUUCGUGAGGUAGAGUGACUAUAGUUAAACAUAAGAUCUGCGGGCCUUUGCGUGAGUUAUAAAGGAGGUCAGCCACGUUCAUAAAUAACCUAAUGUUUUAUCGAUAGCUUGUUUUUUAUUUUUUUUUAUUCUUUACAAGUUAGCCCUUGACUACAAUACAAUCUCACCUGAUGGUAAGUGAUGAUGCAGUCUAAGAUGGAAGCGGGCUAACUUGUUAGGAGGAGGAUGAAAAUCCACACCCCUUUCGGUUCCUACACGGCAUCGUACCGGAACGCUAAAUUGCUUGGCGGUACGUCUUUGCCGGUAGGGUGGUAACUAGCCACGGCCGAAGCCUCCCACCAGCCAAUACUGCAAAUCUAUAUCUAAUUGAACUUUUUACUUUUUAAAGUCGGGAGAAUAUUUUAUGUAAUUCAUCAUUCAUCUUUUGUUGAGAUUAGAAGUGAAUUUAAAGUGGACACAAUUAUUCAAGAGAGACUGCUCUUGUCAUUAUUUUUUUCAAAUUAGCUCCAUUUGUCAUUUAAAUUAUUUUUUUAACAAUAAAUAACACGAAAAUAAAUAAUCUCGUCUGAUAUUUAGUUAAUGAGUUAUCUGUACCUAGUGUAAGUUAAAUAAGUGUAAGUCUUUGGCAAUGACGCACAGGUUAAAAAUAUAGUUUAAUGACUUUACAGUGACUGUUGACUGUUUGUCAUAUUGUGUUUGUCUGUGGAUAUUAUAUGUAUGGUUUAAGGCUUAAAAGGCCUAGAGCUUCAAGACCCCAAACAGUUUUAAAAAGUAAAAGGAAAAAUUGUAUAGGCAAUUUAAAAUAAUUAUAUUUUAUUUAUUCUGCUCCAAAAAAUAAUUGCUAUAGGUGUAAUUAAAUCGUCCAACAAUUAAUAUUUUUUUUAAAUACUUCUGGCCAUUACCAAGUUAGUUGUGACCGACCUCCUUUGUGACUAUAUCACUCUCUCUUUUAUAUACGUAACGAACGAAAGAGAGCGGUGCCAUGCUAGUGAAGACCACUGGUGACGUCAUAACUCUGAUAUUCUGAUAUUGUCCAUCGAAUCGCCGUGACCUUACAAACUAUAUGAUACGUUUCUUACUUGAAAACUUAAAUAUUUAUUCAGAUGUCAACUUUAAAAUGAGAAUUUUUACAUCGUUUGUUUUUGAACAUCGAUGUUUCAACCGAUGAAAAUAUUUGCUUACAGAAUGCGACUCGAUGGAUCACAUGAUCUUAUUGACACAAUUAAAGACAGUGUCGUUAUGUAUGAUACUAAAUAUUAUCUUUUUAAUAUAGCCGUUGAAAGAUAAUUUAAAUGUGUAUGUAUUUUAAAUUUAAAUAUUUCUCGUUAUUAAUCGGGUAUCGGGUUAUUUAAAAAAUCUUUUCUAGUUUAAAAAAAAAUUUUUAGAUGUAAGAAGAUAUAUCUAGAAAUGUAAAGUAUUUACUUCAAAAGGAUGCGUUUGAAUAUUAACACGAGAAUAUUAACGGCCAUUUUAAUUAGGCCUAAAUAACAAAUUAUCUCGAAUAUUCGUAUUAUUGUAAAUUCGAAAUCUCAUGUUUGUUAAAUUGCGUAUUAAGUAGUCAAAAAAAAAAUAAGAGUCAAAACAUAUAUUGCGAAAGUUCCUUUAUGUAGAGUUAAAAAAAAGUAUUAAAGAUUUACAAAAAGUUUACAAGAAAUCUACUACUUGAAACUUGUAUUGCACUUAACAUGUUGUAUCUCAUUAUAAAUAUACAUAUGGUAGUUCCGAGUUACUCAGGGAUUGGAAAUGUAACACAAAAUCAUAACAAAAUGCUAGAGCCUUUACACAUAAUAAGUACAAAGAUCCGUUAGUAUGUAGAUAGUAGAUAACUAGUAAACUUACACUUAUUAUCGUAUUCAGCUGAGAAAGCCCGAGCCGACAAUUUAUAGAGUACUAGAGGACGCCCGCGACUUCGUCCGCGUAAAAUUCAGUUUUUCACAAAUCCCGCGGGAACCAUGGCUUUUUCUGGAAUGUAAAGUAGCCUAUGUGUUAAUCCUGAGUAAAAUCUAUUUUCAUUUCAAAUUUCAGCCGAAUCGCCGUAAAAUUGACAAAGUUUCAUACAAACUUUCACCCUCUAUUUUAUCCUCUUGGGGAUAUAAUUGAUCAUAACUCUUUCUUAGCAGAUGCCUCACAUCUACUUGCGUUGAUAGAUCACUGUGUCAGUCAGUCACCUUUUGAGUUUUAUAUAUUUAGAUAUGUCUGUUAUUCAUUUAUUUAUUAUUAGUGGUUUGUGUGUAGAAAGUUGGUUUUGUUUCUGUAAAGAUCAUUACUUCAGUUUUAACGCCCUGUCUGUCAACCUCUUAUUGAACACCAUAUCACUACUUCCAAAGACAAAUGGACUUCCAAAGGUGUGUGUAUCUACUUUUAUUGUACACAAUACUAGCAAAAUGUACUUAAAAUCAUUCCUCUAAAAUGCCGCGUAGAAAUUCUAAUUUAGCCCCUUAACAUCAACAUAUUAAACAGAAGUCAAUGGCUAAAUUGUUGUUAAGACUAGUUUCAGAAUUAUUUAAUAGUUAGUACCUUAAGGAAGAAAGAAAAGUUUAUUUGGACUACACAUCACACAAACGAAAGAAAAGAAAAGAAUAAUUAAACUAGGUUACAACUAGCAUGAUAUGAUCCUAAAAGGGUCUCCUCUCAGCAUAUUUCUAAUCCCUGAACUAACUCGUACGUAAAGUUACGUCAUAUAGCGUGUAAAUAUGUUGCUUUAUCCAACGUUUAGCUAACAAAAACAGUUGAAAUCGAAAUAAACACGUACCUUAUUACAAAUGUAUAAAAAAAAACCAAUUACAUUAUAGUUAAGUCAUAGAGAAAGUCAAUUUUCACCAAAUUACUAACAGAGUGUUUAUAUGUAUAAAAAUAAUAUUUCACCUGUGGCCAUAAACUUGUUAUAGAUUCAAAUAAAAAAAUAAUUGUUGGUAAAGCAGUAAGAUCACACUGAAAUGGAACUAAGGUUUUUUUUAUUUAAAGCUCAAUUUCGUGUAAUCCAAUAGUUCCAUUUUAUUUGUAUUUAUAUAAUAAAUCUAAGGCUAAGGCUGCUUCUCUAUAGUGGCUCUUUAUUAUUCAUUUUCUGUUCGAAAAAGUGUUCCACUCUGUCCGACUUGUCCAAGAACAACAAAGAAGAACAACGAAAAAAAUGCAGUAGUUUGAAAACAGGUUUAUGACAACAGAGGAAACGAAUAAAAUUCAAAAAAAUAGAAUUUCCUAGUAAUUUCUAUAUAUUCACAUAUAGUAAUGUGUAUAGUGAAUUGAGAAUCGCCGAAUGAUAUGUUUACUGGCAACAUCUCUCAAAAAAAAAAAUACGAAUUUAUCGCGUAGUUGAAAUCGAGCUAAGCGCUCGAGGCGCGCCAAAAUUUGCCAAGAAUCGCCCGUGGAAUAUUAAUUAAAGAACAGUGCGAUUCUUUAGUAUAACUCUACGGAGGCAACGUGUGCUAUUUGAAGCGUGAAUAAUAUGUGAUAAUAUACUUAAAUAAGGGACCCACGAAGUUCCAUGUAUGUGCCAUGGGUAUCGGUUUUUCGGAUGCCAAUAUUUGUUGUUCCUCACAUUUCUCUAUCGAUAUGUAGAUUGACGUAAUUUUGAUGUUUCGUCAGACAUUUACGGAAUACCGCCAUUUUGGUAUCGGACUAUUGGAGUUUAUCGAAGUUAAUCGUUAAUGCUUAAAAUAUAAAUGGUUGGUAAAUGUGAGGACUAGAACAAAGAGGAUAAAAGAAAUACAAUAAUACGUAAAGUAUUUCCUCAACAGAUACCUUUUGUCUAUCAAUGGCGCAUGUUUGCCUGCGUAAAAUUAUACUAAAUAUAAAAAUCCCAAUAACUAGAAGGGAAUAUUCAAUUUUAUACUCCAGUUUUUAUAAAAGACCAAAUAUUGAAUAGUGUACGCAACUUUUGACGCGCAAAGACUUCCAAGUUUUCGGGUAUAACUUUUUGAGUGAACAAACCUAUUCAAUGGAGUAUGCGUUGAUUGGACGACGCUAAAUGUUCUUCCCCACUUUAAGAAUUAAUUAUUGAGACAAUAAGAACUUGAAAGUAAAGAAGGAAAAUGUGAUUGUGAAGCGAAAGUUCUCUAAACAUUUUUUUUCCAAAAGACAAAGAGAAAUAUUUUCUAACGCAACGUUUGUACAAUUAGUCACAAUAGUGACACUUACAAGUAAAACAUAACCGCUUCCGAAACAUUUUCCUAUAAACUAACUCCAUUGAAUGAGGUUUCUUUUCGAAAGAAGUUAAGUCUCGAAGCUGUUAGGUAAACAUCUAGUCAUGAAGACCCUCAGACCAAUCACCUUCUAUUGAACUUGUAUCGCACUCAGAAUCUCCAACAAAAUUGUCUGUCGUAGUUUGAAGGUCAAACUCACACAGAGAAAAUAUUUAACACCAAUAAGUAUAUUAUGUGUACAGUACACACCACUAUAAAUUUUAAAUCGAUAUACACACACGAGUAAUUUUAACACAAUAAAACGUCGACUCUGUAAACGCAGUUUGUAUGAAUACGUUAGAUCAUGAUCAUAUACUUUAUACAGAGGGGUAACCUCUAUCGAGGCAGGUCAUAUAGAAGGUAAUUGGUCUGAGUGAAGACCGUGGGGCUAUUGUACAUAUUAAAACUACACAUGACACUUGCGGUAAAGGACAAUCUGCACAAAACGUAACCAAGUAUUACAAAAUACAUAUUAUAAUUUAUAUAUCGACUCUAUAGCUUUAAGAGAAGGAUAAUCUCGACACUGUAUGAAAUACAGAUAUUUUUAUCGUACGUGCCACACUGAUGCUGCGAAAUGAUUCUAGAUUUUUUCUGCGAAACGUAAACCUUAGAAGCAUAGAAUAGGCAUUUAGGAGAGUACGAGUACACAAAGUUUAAUGUGCUAAGAACACACGGCUACAUUUUUAAGCACAAAGCAGAGAAAGAAGAUUAAAUGCAAUAAUCAGUGGCUUUUCAAUGGAAUUUACUACAGCUUUAGUAAAUUUUAACGUACAAUAUGUUAAAUUCAUGUAACCCUAAAUUAUUUUCUGGUUCAAUAACCAACUACAACUAACCAGUUCAAUUAUCCAUGAUUGACAAUAAUAAAUACUCAGAGCGCACACGUGAACAGUUUUGUGUUUACUUACAUUAUGUAUACAGGAUGUCCCGUAAUUAAUGGAUAACUUGGUCAUCCUAAGGAUUUUUCAAAACUAUUCAAAUUAGUUUUAGAUGAUUAGGUGGUGUAUCUACCACUUGCGUUUUAUCCAUUAAAGUUCGCCUCAGUUAUGAUGUGCUAAUAACAUAUAUAUAGUAUAAAAUCAUUGAUUAGUAUAUUAGACUGAUUUAGUAACGCUCUAACCACUCGUUUGCAAAGUUUCUUCAUAUGCAUGUGAAAAUGUCGUCGUGUGCAAAAGGUUUUAUUAAUUUAGAGCAACGUACUCGGCUGUUUUGACACCAUAGCAUUUACGAUUAAAAUACGACUAGAAUUGUUAAUCAAUUUUAACUAGUUUUGGAAACGAAUAAUCACUAAUCGAAAACUUCAUUUGAAUUUGUGACAAUCCUCGAAAUAAUAGACGAACGAUCGAAAACGAUUAUCACCUUGUACAUGUUAGAUGAAAGAGUGUAACCGGAUUUACAAUAGAUUUUUUUUAUUAAAAAAUAGUCCGUCCCCACAAUUGCUUUUAAAUACACUGACUAAAACAUGAAUGAAGGUUUAAAGAUUUUUUAAGCUUUAAGAUUUACCGUAUGUUGUAUAGCAUUGUGCCAUAAACAUCAAUUUUAUCGAACAAUCUAUAAAGAUUACAUUCCUAAAAGGGUGUCAAAGUUCUUAGAACUUAUUUGACUAAAGUUUUGAACUACCCCCUUUUUAUGAGAUUGAAAGAUCUUACUUUGAGGCGACUAUUGUAGGCGUUGAUUUGUCCAGUUGUGCAACGAAAAAUGUCAUUUGUAGAUAUUGAAAAAAUUAAAUUGGAACCUGCAAUAGUAUUAUAAUGUUGGCACAGUGUUAUUCUACGAACGAAUACUUUUACUCACUACAUAAUUCAAAGUGUGCGAGUAAUUAAUGAAUUUUCAAAACAAAAUUUCAAAAUCUUUGUCACACGCACAAACAAUGUGAUCUUAAGAGUAACCCAAAACUUAUUAAAAAUAUGCCUUUAACUAUAGUGUACAAAAAAUAUUUAAAAAAAUAUAUUGAAACAUUUAUCUUCGAUUUCUGUAAUAUCGAGUUGUGCUAAACAAUAUAAUUAAUAAUAACUAAUUACUAUAUAUUAUUUAAUCAAAUAAUCACUUCACUAGGGCAAUUUUCAAUGUGAAUAAAAAAAGUUAUUGCUUCAACUAGGUUAUAUUAGAUAGUACGUACUUUUAUUGCAGAAUUCUUAAGAUAUUUAAAUAAAUGUAAACGACGAAAUCACGUGACUCAUGGGUGCUAAACCUUUUAUCAAUUUUUGUCUGAUUAUUGUCAUUAAACUGAACUUCAUUUAUUAAAAUUUAAUUCCGUUUUCGGUACCAGUUAUCCAAAAAUGGUACUGUUCCUCUAUUUUUUUGACUUAUUUAUGGGUAUGGGAAAGUAUUACCUAAAAUAACUUAUGUAUACAUUUAGUAAAAUACCUUAAGAAUUCUAACAUAUUUAGAUAACACGAAACUUACUAUGUUAUUUAAAAAAAGAAAAAUUGUUUCAUUCAAAUAUUUUUUAAGAUGUUUAUAAAAAGUUCGAUGCGAAGAACAUAUAUUGUAAGGCAACGAAGAGACUUACCAACAUACAUUCCCUGAGACUGAGACAAAAUAGAAGAGGCUUAGAUCAAAUAAGAACAUAAAUGUAUUACAAAAUAAUUUUAAGAACAACUGAGACGGUUACGGCAAGAGCCGACAUUGUAAAUACGUAACUAUUAACUUACUGUAUUUGAAUAAUAAAGUUACUUUCUUAUUAAAUUACGUACUUACUUACUGUAUAAACUGUAAUUCAGAUUGCCAGGAGUUCCUAUUACUUGACUAUAAUAAAUCAACAAACAUAAUAUUAUUAUUGUAAGAACACUGAAUAGUUUACCACAGUAAGACACACACUGGUAUUUCUUACUAUAGUAAAGUUUGUCAGAACUCACAAUCAAACAAUCGAGGUGCUAAUUCAGAAAAACGAAAUUGUCUGUAGGUACUAGAAAAUGUAGAAAGAAAGAAAUUAUAAAAUUAAGACAAAUUUAAAGGAAUUUAACUACAACAAUGUUUAAUUUUUGUAAUUAAAUUACUUUAACUCGGACUUUUUGUCGGACACAAAAGUUUUCCUGUCAUAUCAAUUAACAGUCGUGUACUAUCUGAUCAGCACCAUUUAGCCAUAUGUAUUUUGUGAGGCAUAUCAAAAUGAAUAUCAAAAAUCAUUAUGUAUCUUAGUUUCAGAAUAUUUUCAUAAAUAUCGACACAAAAUAUCUGUAAAUAAAUAAGGAUUUUGUAUUACUGACACUUUUGCCGUGACCGCUUUAACUUUAACAUCUGACAUAUAUUGAAUUGUGAUAUAAUAAAUACAAAUGACAACCGUAUUUUAAGAACAUUAACAAUGGAUAACAUCAUUCCCGCCUCUUGUUUUAAUUAUUUGUUUAUCUCUAUCCCCCUUACGAUGCAGCUUUAAAAGAUAGAAAAUAUUUUGUUAUUGAGUCACUAAACUCGACCAUGUUAUUCUGAAUAUGCCAUAUUAUUUUUGAACACAAUUAAAAAUGUUACUAAGUGUUGAUGAGUGUAAUUUUUUUUUUUUAUAUUAUAUUGCAUAAAUGUGACACGUCAAAUAUCUUCAUCUGCUUAUUCGCUUGAUGUUUAUGUUAUAAGCCAUAUCAAAAGAUAAAAGGGAGAGAGUGUGGAUCAGAUUAAAAUGCAGUUAGUAAUUUACUAUCGUUUACUGUUAAUCUAAAUGAACUUUUAAGUAUUAUACGCCAAGAGGAUAAAACUCUAAAGUUAACUAUAUAACACAAUAAACAUGUAAAUAGCUUUUGAAUAACAUGGUCGAUAAAAGUGAUACGUCAAUCUGUAUGCAUAUCUAUUAAUAUUAAUUAAAUCCAUUAACAAAAGUGAACACCAAAGAGGUUAAUAGCGAUGCAUGUGUAUUGGCGUGGUACAUAACAGUGUGAGGGGGAACGGAGUUAUAUCUUUACCACCAAGACUUCAAUAAGGCUGUGAACAACUUGAUUCGGUUCGGCUUUAUUAAAAAUUGGCGGUAACAAAUUAUAUCGGUUGGAUGAAUCAGUUAUUCGUUAAGGCUAAUAUACAAUUACAAAGCGCAAAUAAAAAUGUAAUUUUUUUUACUAUAAUAUUAAUUGAAAUAAGAAAUUUAUAUAACUAGGCACCUUCCACUAGGUUCAUAUUUACUGUUCUUAUUAUCUUUAUAUUAAUUUUAUACCUUACAAUUAUAUUUCUUAAUCUGAGAAACAUUAUAUACAUAAAUAAGUUAUUUUCCCUUAAAUUUUAUCGCGUCCUUGAAUUUGCUAAUUUAAAUUCAACAUAACUUGAAAUCUCAUAACAGUUAUGAAAUUUAAAGUUUUGUUUUCUAUAAUAUUAAAAUUCACAAAACAACAAAAAGUCACAAAAAAUGCUUAUCCAUAUUUUUUAUACAUUUCUUAUAUUAUUCGUUGAUAUGGAAUUUCCAUAUUAAACAUGUGCGAUCAGUGCUUAGUUAAAUAAAUAAUAAUGAAAAACAUAUGAAACUAAAUUACUAAAUAUAAUUAUGUAUUUAUAUUAAACAAAUGUAACUGAUUCUUGCCAACCAAGUGUGGUAUAGGGCAUGGUAAUAUCAAAUUAUUCCCACCUGUGAUAUUAAGUCAAGAAACAACUAACUAUGCCAAUGUAUUCAUUGAAUGCCAAAUAAUGUGGGUUAAUGUCAUGUCCUAUUAUAUUGUAAUAAUAUCAUUAGAACUUGCUCAAAAAGGUUUCUUAUACAUGCAUUGACAUUUAAAUGUAGAAGAAGAAUGUAGAAGCUCAAAGAAAAUUAUUUUUAAGUUUUGUCUUUUUUUUUAAUCACGGUAUCACAAUAUUUUAUCUGUACAAAUGCAAUAGGGUAAUCGGAAUAAAACCCUCUUUAAUCGUUCUAUAUUGUAAUAUGAGUUAGUAACUACCGUUACCAUAGUAUGUUAUGGUGUCUGGGAAAUAUAAAUUUUAUUGAUUCAAAAAAUUAUAAAUCUGUGUUCAUGAGGCGUCAAAGGGAGGGAUAACUCCCUAGUAAAGAUAGAUUCUUUUCGUACUAAAAAAACAACUAGUAAUUUUUUAACAAACAUUUCAAUUAUGGGGGUACCUGAAAUUAAAAAAAUGUAAAUAAAUAAUAAACAGGACAGAGUUUGUACAUUGUUUUAAUUUGUGACAAUAAUGCGAUAACCUGUUAUAGUAGAAAUUGUUGUUAUAUAUGAAAUUGUUGCUAUAUAUGAACUUUACUAGGGCAUAUUCAAGUCGUGGCUAUCGACCAGUCCGAUAUUUGUAAAAGUUAUUUUACUAUAGUUAUAUAUUCGUUUGAGCAAGUUCUAAUAAAUCAAAAGCUAACCGAAUUGCCUAGAUUUAGAUCAAAAUUGUUGUACUUAUCCAUCUGUAGUAGUAAUAAAAGGGAAUGUGAAGAAGUAUUAGGAGAAACAAGUGUUAAAAACAACUGUUAUAAAGAGUGUGUUGGGCCCACAUUCAAUCUUUUUACAUUACUUUGUAUUACCUCUAUUAUAUUAUUUUCUAUUUAGUAUUUGAUUCCGGAGAUCGCGUUUAGAUUGGUGUUAUUUGCUUGACCAUUUAAAUGACUAAAGGUGAACCGGCAUUCCUGCCUAAAUACCAAUAACAACAUGUAAUUCAAAUUAAUAAUGAGGCCAAAAGUUCCUAAUUACUGUGCGGAAAAAGUUAUGGUUAAAAAAAGACCAACAAUAUUUUUCGAGCCAAAACGACUUUAAAUAGUUUACGUUAUAACUCGGUUACUGGUUACUGUAUAAAAUAUCAACCUGAUCAACGUAAAAGAUAUUAUUUCUCUAUAUUUGUAAAAAUAUAUCCAAAAUUUUAGCUGCAGUCGUAACUUGUAAGCACGAUUUAUUUUUCUUUAAGGCAAGAACAUGUUAAAACAUGUCUAUCGACUUUAUUUCAUAUCGCACUCUUAUAUUUUUAUGUAAAUAAAGUAUGAUUUUUUGCCAUAACUUUUUUUACAUAGCACUCCGGUAGUUCUUGCCAUAACAAAAGUUAAAGUAUAUAAAAAAAACCCAUACAUUAUAUCACUUGCUGUUAUUGGUUAGGCAGGAUCCCAUACAUUUUUGCAAGAGGCAAGAAUAAUAGUAAUAUUCCAUACCUUAAGGGCUAUAGAAUAAUAGGUACUGACAACUUAUUAAGUCUCAAUUAUUCAAAAUUCUAGUUACCCUAAAUGAAUAUUGAGUAGAGAAUAAAAUAAUAGACGGAGUUUCGAAAGUACAGCGUUGUGAUAUGUGGGCCGAGUUUUUUUGAGUAUUUUUAUUAUUUCUGUUAGUAGGAAGUUAUCAAUUUUUAUUUGAAAUACUGUGUCGUUUUUUUUUCUUUUUAGUCUUUCGAAAUUUCUUUUUUUAAUUUAGAAGAAUAUUGGUGAAUUGUUGAUUUUAAUUUUUUUAACGAUAUAUUAUAUAAUAUGAUAAUUAUAGAUGUAUAACGCGGAAUAAGAGCUUACAUACACGAGGCAUAGUUAACAUGUAGUUCUAAUUAGUCAUUUAUUUGAUUUUCUGUUAAAUACGUUUAAUAUCAACAUAUAUAUACGUUUAAUAUGUAAUCGAAAAUGUGAAAAUAAUACGACGUUAAGAGCUUCUCCCUCUUCUGUAUCUUCUGCGCUUGUCUGAAACCACUUAACGAUUAAAAAAGGUAUCUUAUAUAUGUAUAAGCGGCUAGAGAUUCUGCGCCGCUUAUAGCUUAUAGCUUAUUAUUGGUUGCUUGCGUAACUGUACUAGCUAAUGGGAUGAGUUGUCAAGUUAAAAAGUUGAAUAAUACAAAGCGAAGCUUGACUGGGUUCACUAGUACCAUAGUACGCGAGUACUAUAUGUCCAGAAAUUAUCUGCAAUGCACUAUUGACGUCUUGAAGUUGAGACAUCAAUCGUUGCAUGGCUCCACAUAAUUAUGAUGUCUGAAAUAACACCAAAUAAUGCUAUAACUGCUAUAACAUAGUCGAAGAUAUAUAUAUACUCGCGAUUUUUUUUAAUAAUGUGAACAUUCAAAUUAAUUAGUAUUUUUUUAUUUUAUAAUAUGUAUGCCGUGGUUUCUACGAAUAACAGAAAUUCACGAACAUCUUGAAAUGCCAACAGUAAAAGAAGAAAUAAAAACCAAUAACAUCAAGUACAAAGCCAGACUCAGAAACCAUCCGAAUCACCUGGCUGUACAGUUAACUAUACCACAGACGAUUCAACGCUUGAAAAGACGGCAAAUUUGAUUGAAAGCCAGAAAUAACAUUUACAUGGAGCUGCUCCCACUGGGGAAGAUUGCUUUUAACCACCAAAUUUACUUACAACACCUCUGCUCAUAGUCUGUCGACUGAUCGCACGAGGAUAAUAGAACAAAAAAAUAAUAUGUAUGUCGUUGAUAACAUUUUUUAUCUAUAUUUUUUAUAAGUAUACCAAUAGUAGAGGAAUUUAGUACAUAUAUCAGUGUUACUUCUACUUAGAUUGCUCUAUCACAUACAAGGACUAACGUAGCUGCCGUAGAUCGGUAAAACUGACGGUAAAAACAAAUUACGGUACUUUAGUGACGUCAAUCCGACACAUCGUUGAAGUAUGGGCAUUCAAACAAAAAUCCAGAUAUUUUGAUUAAUACAUCUGAUACUGAAAAAUGUCACAUUGAAUGUAAGGAAGAUAAAAAAAAAUCCAUUUUUCAUCUACGUUGCAAUAUUUUUGGAACCUUAUUUUACAAACGAAAAAAACAGUAUAUUCAAAGGUAGUAAAAUAGUAAUUUUAUUGUUAGCUAUAUAUAUAUGUGUCAGCUAUAUAUUUAUGUGUUUGUUUGUGUGUUGUGUUCGCUCUUAUUCCGCGUAAUUUCGUAGAUGCGUUACAUAUAAGUAAGUGACAUAGAUUUAUAAAGUUGUCAGUUAAUGUUCACGUACAACCUUUUGCCUUGGACCGCUUGUUAUAAUGGUAGAUAUAUUAAAAAUAUAUUUGUCUGUUUGCAUAUUUUAUUAUAUAAUAAUAAUAAAUUUUAUCAUCAAAUAUAUAAAAUGCUGUAUGUACCUAUGCAGAUGCGCGUUUAACAGUUUUGUUGAUAUUUAUUGCCAUUAAAAACUAAAUGCUUAUGUACCUUGAAUUACUAUGCCAUUUCUAUAUUUAUACUUAGUAGUUGUCAAAUAAAAAGUAUUUCUUAUAAAAUUAUUAUAUGUAAGUAGAUUUACAUGUAUCUAUUGUUAUAUGAAAUGUUUAUAUUCGAAUUUGCCAAAAUGUACUGAUGUUACAAGAUACAGUAGUCUUGUGUAUAUAUCGGCAUAUAAUGAUUUAGUAUAUAUAUAUAUAUUUACGAGUAUAUGCAAGAAUCGGUUACUAAACAAAAUAUAACUUCUGGGUAUACUGGUUUUCUGUUUAGCAUAUACAUAUUAUGUCAUAUUAUUCUAUGUGUAUGAUAUAUUUAAUAUAGGUGAGUAUACAAAAUUGCGUCCAUCCUUCUUUAGAAUUAAUUUGCAAGAUACAUAAUUCUGUAAUUUCUCUCUGGUAAGUGAAUGGUUUUUGCUAAUGAAAGUACUUAUAAGAAAUACCUACCUAGUAUCUAUCAUACUUAAUUGAAAACUUAAUAUUACGAUAUAACAUAUGUUCAUAAAGAUAUUUGGUAGCUUUUGAGUAACAUUUUUUAAUUACGUACCUAUUUUAAAUACGAAAAUACUACUUACUAUAAAUAUCAACCAAUAAACCGACAUCAUUAGUAAUAAUAUUUAUUGUGAUACGUUCGUCGCCUUAUUUUAGUAAUUUUAUCACUGAAAAGCAUAUCAUAACUAUAAUUUAGAUAUGCCAUUGUGGUUUGAGUAAACUUGUCACUUGCAUUUUGUUACUUAAUUGAAGAUAUAGAUAUAUAUGUAUUACUUUACUUGCCAUUUUAUUGUCGAAUUUACUUAAAUCAAUUACCUAAUACAAAAGCGCAACUUAACAUUUAGAUCGGUUCUAAUGUGAUGAAGUGAUGAUUUUCGAUGGGCGUUGAAUUAAUUUACGUAAUGUUAAAUACCUACACGUCAAUUAAGAUUUUAUAAGUCAAGUUGCUCUUAUAUUUAAGUUGCGCUUUCAAUAUUGGGACUUUCUACUUAAAAACUGUUAAAAGCCGCAUCUUUCUUCUAUUAAAAAGUUAAUCAAUCAGUGAUUGUAACCCCGUACUUAUGUCUGUUUCGAAUUUGGUGAUACCGUGUACCGUUGAAACUCCAUAAUGUAUUUUUUCUAAAUUAUAAUAUUAUAGUUACUUAUACCAUAUUAUAUGUCACUAAUAAAUAUGUUCGUAUGUGUAGCA